AGGUCUCCAAGGGAGCCCACCAGCGUGGCCAGCAUGGCCUCCGAGGACAUUGCCAAGCUGGCAGAAACACUGGCCAAAACCCAAGUGGCCGGGGGACAGCUGAGUUUCAAGGGCAAGAGCCUCAAACUCAACACUGCAGAAGAUGCUAAAGAUGUGAUUAAAGAAAUUGAAGACUUUGAUGGCUUAGAGGCCCUGCGUCUGGAGGGCAACACGGUGGGAGUGGAAGCGGCCAGGGUCAUCGCCAAGGCCUUGGAGAAGAAAUCCGAGUUGAAGCGAUGCCACUGGAGCGACAUGUUCACGGGGAGACUGAGGUCCGAGAUCCCACCCGCCCUGACAUCCCUUGGGGAGGGACUCAUCACUGCCGGGGCCCAGCUGGUGGAGCUGGACCUGAGUGACAACGCCUUCGGACCUGAUGGUGUGCGAGGCUUCGAGGGCCUGCUCAAGAGCUCGGCCUGCUUCACUCUUCGAGAGCUCAAGCUCAACAACUGUGGCAUGGGCAUCGGCGGAGGCAAGAUCCUGGCAGCCGCCCUGACUGAGUGUCAUUGCAAGUCCAGUGCCCAAGGGAAACCGCUGGCCCUGAAGGUAUUUGUGGCUGGCAGGAACCGUCUGGAGAAUGAUGGAGCCACUGCCUUGGCAGAAGCUUUUGGGAUCAUCGGGACUCUGGAGGAAGUCCACAUGCCGCAGAACGGGAUCAAUCACCCCGGUGUCAUGGCCCUGGCCCAGGCUUUCGCCAUCAACCCUCUGCUGCGGGUCAUCAACCUCAAUGACAACACCUUCACGGAGAAGGGGGCCGUGGCCAUGGCUGAGACCCUGAAGACCCUGCGGCAGGUGGAGGUGAUCAACUUUGGGGACUGCCUGGUGCGCUCCAAGGGUGCCGUGGCCAUUGCAGGCGCUGUCCGGGGGGGCCUCCCCAAGCUGAAGGAGCUGAACUUGUCGUUCUGUGAAAUCAAGAGAGAUGCUGCUCUGGCUGUUGCCAAGGCCAUGGGGGACAAGACUGAGCUGGAGAAACUGGACCUCAAUGGCAAUGCCCUGGGAGAAGGCUGUGAGCAAGUUCAGGAAGUUCUGGAAGGCUUCAGCAUGGCCAAGGUGCUGGCGUCCCUCAGUGAUGAUGAGGGGGAGGAUGAUGAGGACGAGGAGGAGGAAGGGGAGGAGGACGAGGAGGAGGAAGAAGAAGAUGAGGAGGAAGAAGAGGAUGAGGACGAAGAAGAACCACAGGUGCACGGGCAAGGAGAGGAGCCGAGCACACCCUCAAGGAAGAUUCUAGACUCGAAUAUUGGCGAACCAGCUCCUGUGCUGUCCUCCCCACUCCCUCCGGACGUCUCUACCUUCCUCGCUUUCCCCUCUCCAGAGAAGCUGCUGCGUCUGGGACCCAAGAGUUCCGUGUUGAUAGCCCAGCAGACCGACACGUCUGAUCCUGAGAAGGUGGUCUCUGCCUUCCUGAAGGUGUCUUCGGUGUUCAAGGAUGACACCACCGUUAGGACUGCGGUGCAGGACGCAGUAGAUGCUUUAAUGAAGAAGGCCUUCAGCUCAUCCUCCUUCAACUCCAACGCCUUCCUCACCAGGCUCCUCAUUCACAUGGGUCUGCUCAAGAGUGAAGACAAGAUCAAGGCCAUUGCCAACUUGUAUGGCCCCCUGAUGGCUCUGAACCACGUGGUGCAACAGGACUACUUCCCCAAGACCCUUGCUCCCCUCCUGCUGGCCUUCAUGACAAAGCCCAAUGGCGCCCUGGAAGCCUGCUCCUUUGCCCGCCACAACCUGCUGCAGACGCUGUACAAGGUCUAG